AUGUUGGUUCGGCGGACGUGGACACCUCUGCGGCUACCCGAGCGUCAGCUGGAGUUUCAGCGACGUGCUCAAGCCGCCACCUGCGUUCAAACCCGAACAACCCGGUUCUUUUCUCCCGCAACAGCGGGUCACAUGGGAGACCCCGGUGGUCCACGCCGGGGCAACCAUCAAGUUCAGCUUGGCAAAAGGAUCCCUGGUGCCACUAACGUUGGAGGACUUUAA